AGUGUUUUUAAUUUUUUUUAUAGGUACCUACUUUAUAAGUCUGUGGACUGAAGAUUGUUUGUCAUAUAUCAUUAUUAAUAUAUCUAUCAUUACUAAUAUCAUUACUAAACUAAUAUACCUAUCAUUAUUAAUAUAUCUGUAAAUUUAUUACUCCGAUAAACAAUUUUUGAACAGUAGCUUUCUAAUUAAGUAGGUAUCCAAUAUGAACAAUGAUUCUAAACCUAAACCCGGUGAAGGAAUUCGUUCUAUGCAAUCCACUACUGCUUUCAGGGUCAUCAAUUUUGAGUUAUACGCAAAACCGAACAUUGUGAUUAUGACUAUAGGACUAACAUGUUUUGGCAUCACCUUAGGAUACAUUGCUUACAUGAGGAGUAAAUAUGAGUCAAUGGGAUAUUAUACUGCUGUUGAUAAAGAGGGUAAAGAGAUAUUUGAGAAGAAAAAAUCAAAAUGGGAUUGAAAAAAUUAGAUAUUGUAAAAUAUUAAAUAAAAACUUACUUUAGUAUUUAUUCCCUUCACAGUCUUAUUUCCCUAUACUCCAUCAUAAAUCAGAUUGACGAAGUGGAUUUGU